ACUUCGUUCAUCAGUCGUAGUACAUCUUCCUUCGCUCGCUGAGGAUCCAUCGUCCAAGAUCAUCGGAUCUGCCUGAGACUCUGAUUUCUCGAGGUCUUUGCGUAUUUUCUUAUAUUUGGUGUGUCAGCCUCGAUUAUUCGAAAAUGGUGCGUUCAACGAUCGCCGUUUUACUGGCUCUUCUUGCCACCACUUCCGCUGUCGAUCUUCCUGAGUUCAUCAAGGUCUGCAACAGAAAUGAUCCUGAGCUCGACGCCUGCAUCACUGGUAGUGUCGAUCAUCUGAGACCGUAUCUCGUGGAGGGCGUUCCCGAAUACAACUUGCCAAGCCUGGAGCCUCUCGUGUUGGAGCAUCUCGUUGUAUCUGAAGGCCAAGGCAUCAAACUUACAGCGACCGAGAUCAAAGCUUACGGUGCCAGCAACUUUAUCGUCAAGAAAGUAGAGUCCGACAUGGCGAAUCUCCAUUACAACGUAGACAUUGAACUGCCUCAUCUGUACAUAGAAGGCCAUUACGAGAUCGACGGACGCUUAUUGCUUCUGCAGGUGACUGGAUCGGGGCCGCUGCACGGUAACUUUACCGAAUGCUUGGGUCAAGUCAACUUCGACGCUGAGCUCUACGACGAAGGUGGCGAGGACCACUUCCGAGUGAAAACGUUUGACAUGAAGAUAACCGUCGGCCAAGGAAAUCUCCAACUCGACAAUUUGUUCGGGGGAGAAAAAGUCCUCGGGGACGUUGUAAACAACGCGAUAAACGCAAAUUUCGAUGCUUUCGUACAGGAGCUUCUACCUUUGAUCGAAAAAGCGCUGUCCGACUUUUUCUUAAAACUCGGCAACAACAUCGUCACACCGUUUGCUUUCGAUCAACUUUUCCCUGUGUAAAAUAACGUCCUAGCGACCACAUCGACCUUAUAGAAAUCUCUAACAAUGAUUAAACGAAUAAUUUGCAUCUAUGAAUUCCAAAUCGUAAAGUAAUUCGUACGCCAAAGCUUUCGUUUCGUAUUACGGCAAUAGUAAUUUGAGCAGAGAGAGAAAGCCCGAAAAAAUGGGACGGGACGACGAAACAACGUUAUUUAUUUUAUUCGCUUAAGACAUUUCGUAAAAAAUAUCAAUAAAUUGAUGACUUCAGGAGCACAAUAAAACGAUUAGUCAAUAUAUCUAUCGUGAAA